AUGAAUCAAGCGGGUGUACUUACGGUAUCAACUGAAAGGUCGCUGAAACUUCAAAAAAUUAUUCAACUAGCAUUUUAUAAUUCAUCAUUCGAGGAUCUAAAGCGGGGCAGAGGGGUGGGAGGAAGAGAGGUAGGUAGGGACGCAGACAUAGGAAUUUCUGGUUGUAAAAAGGUCAUAAGAGGCCAUAAAAUGGAUACUUACACUAAUGAUUUAAGGCUGGAAGCUUUCCUUAUGCGGGGAUCAACGAGAUUGCAGCUGGCCAUAUUCGUGUGUGAUGGUGUGAAGAAGGAUGAGUAUUUAUUACGGCUUACCUGCACAAGGAUUACAUGUGAUAACGUGUUUCAUGUCAGGCACUUUGCUGCAGGUGAAGGUUGUAUAGCCCCUAGAAUACGGGGCAGUAGCGUGCAAGAAAUAGGAUAUACAGGAAUGACAGAUGAAUUGAGUAUAAUGGGGGAUAUUAAUAUUAAUCUAUUAAGACAUACUAACAUAACCAAUCAGUUUAAUAAUUUGCUUGAUACUUUCAACUUCAAGCAAGUUGUAAUUAACCCAACUAGGUACUCCCGAGACACAGCCAGUUUGAUUGAUGUCAUCAUCAUGUCCGAUGAUCAACUCUUAAGUGGCAGUGUCCAUCAUCAGGACUUGCAUCAGCAUUCCGAUCAUCAGCUCAUACACUGUUCAAUAAAUAUUAAGAUCUCUGCUGUUAGGCCUAGAGUUAUUAAAUAUCGUAACUUUAAACACUUUGACAUUUAUAGCUUCAAACAAGAUCUUAUAAACUUCCCUUGGUGGCAGGUUGUAGACUGUGAUAAUGUUAACCAGAAGACUGCAAUUCUCUCAGAUAUGAUAUUGACUCUUUUUGAUUCUCAUGCGCCAAUAUGUGAGAAAAAAGUUACCAGGCCACCUUCCCCGUGGUUUACUGAUGCGUUGCGUGCCGUAACUAUCUUUUCUCUAAAUACAAAAUACUAA